AUGCAAAUCACUGCUCUGAUGGUAGUCUGGAUACUGGGAACAUCACUGGUGUUUCCACAGUCGGACACAGCAGCUACAGAGAAGGUGGCUGAAGAUCCCAUUCCCUGCUCUAAGGUGUGCACCUGUCAAUACGAUGAUUUCAUCUCGGAGCUCAACAUGUACUGCAGUUCUCGCAACUUCACACAAGUACCAACUGACAUGCCACCAUCCACUUAUUCUCUCUGGCUGGAUGGCAACCGGUUUACAUCGCUCCCAGCCGCAGCUUUUCGGGAUUUGACCAACCUGGACUUUUUAAAUCUUCAGAAUGGCCAGCUGACGACUAUUGACCCUCAGGCUUUCAAGGGCCUUGGGUCGCUAGCACACAUUCACCUUGAGCGGAAUCGCCUCCGCGUAUUACCAGGUACAGUCUUCCAGAAUACACCCAACCUUGCUUCACUUAGUCUGCAUAACAACCAACUCAGUCGCAUUGAGGAAAGACUGUUUGCAGGACUCUCACAAAUGUGGCUUCUUAACCUAGGUUGGAACUCAUUAACGGUCUUACCUGAGACAGCUUUCCAUGACCUGCAAGGUCUACGAGAGCUGAUACUCGCAGGAAACAGACUUGCUUACUUGCAGCCACAGCUCUUUCAAAACCUUGGUGAGCUCAAAGAGUUAGAUUUGACAGGAAAUUACCUGAAGGUGAUCAAAGCCAACGUGUUUCUUAAACUAACUAAACUGCAAAAGCUUUACCUGGGACAGAAUCAGAUUUUAACAUUGGUCCCCAGAGCUUUUGCAGGCAUGAAGUCACUUAGAUGGCUGGAUCUGACAAACAAUAAAGUGACUUCUCUACAUGAUGACACCUUCCUUGGCCUGCACAAUCUCCAUGUACUUCGUCUUUCUCACAACUCUAUCACUGGAAUUAGGCCCAGGACUUUCCGUGAUCUGCAGUACCUAGAAGAACUAAGACUGAGUUACAACAGGAUUAGAACUCUGGGGGAUAGGAUCUUCGAAGAUCUUGGCCAUUUAGAGGUCCUAGAACUAGAACACAAUCAAGUGCAGGAAGCACACGUGGGGGCUUUCACAGGCCUCUCUCAUGUGGCUGUCAUUAACCUUUCUGGAAGCUGCUUCCGCACUCUACCAGACCAAAUGUUCAAAGGUCUGCCAAGGCUUCACAGCCUACAUCUGGACAGAGGCUGCUUAACUAAGAUAACAACUCAAGCAUUCAGUGGACUGUCUGGUUUAAGGAGGCUCUUUCUGCAACGCAACAAUAUCUCUGUUGUGGAACACCAGAGUUUUGUGGAUAUGGUAGGCCUAUCGGGACUAGAUCUGAGUUUCAACAAGCUGGGUGCUCUCACCACCCAUACAUUCUCUGGCCUCAAGAAUUUGGAGUACUUGCUGUUGUCCAACAAUGAGUGUAGACAGUUUUUGCAAAAUGGCACAAGGCAGAUUCUUCCAAGGCUGCGCUACCUAGACUUGAGAGAUAAUGCCUUAACAAGCUUGGUCCCAGACUUCUCUGAUAAUAUAGAAAAACUAUUACUGUCUGGAAACAGGUGGAAAUGUGACUGCAGCACCCUCCCACUUAGAAACUACGCAUUGAGGAAGUCACAGGUGAUUCCUCGGCUAGUGGAGACCCACGCAGAAGGUGAAGAGCCUGAUACGACAAUCACCAUAUACAACAACAUCACAUGCACCAGCCCACCUCGCCUAGCAGGUCAGGACUUACGGGAUGUGGACGGUGAACACUUCCAAAACUGCUAAGCUGCACUACAAAGACAGUUUUAUGGAGCUGGUUGGUAAAAUUCUGCUAUCAGCAUUAGCAUUUCAACAUUGUAAAUUACUUAAGUUUGAUUUGAACAUCAAAACUGCAAUACUGAAAUGUGUUUCAUGUUCUUAUAUAGCUAUUAACAUAUAAGCUCCUGCCAUCUCAUGCUUUUACAGAAAAUGCUAUUUGUUUCUAAACAUAUCUGGAUUCUCUUCAAAGGACAUCCCAUGAAAACCAAUAUUCCUUUUGCUUCAUUAGUUAUGUUAAAUAUGUGGUUGUGGUUGAAUGUGAUGACAGUUGGCAGAUUGUCAACACUAGGAAAAACAAAAUGUGAUGCAGCAACUUCACAAUGCUUUAUGACACAUCAAUUUAUGUUAGUAUUAGAGAGCAUGUUGGAAUGUGAAGAGCUCAAUUUGUAAUACCUUUGCUGAAGUGCUUCAUAUGAAUAUGAGU